AUGCUCGUCGAUAACCAGCAUUCUUUCGUCCGAGCAAAAACAGCGGACGAGGAUAAUACCCCGGAGCAAAGCAAACAAAGAUGCUGUGGCGAGCGCCUUUUAUUCAGUCUCCAACUUAUCUUGCUUCUGAUGCCUUUGACACUCAGUAUCCUGCUUCUAUACGGCGAUGUCGAUAGCUGGAUCUUGCCGGGGAAUCUUUAUAACAUAGUCAACAAAUGGCGCUCCUCUGUUCAAACAGCGGUUCAAGUCAUCUCUGCUGCCCUGGCAGCUAUCGAGGUCUUUGCACUCUGUCGCCUGAUUAAUCUGGCAACCCGAAUUUCCUUCACAAAAGCCCCAGUAUCACUAAACAAACUUGGAUUCUGGUCGGCGCUUUCGACUCCGACAGUAAACUGGAGCCAUCCGAUCUGGACGAUCGUCGUCACUCUCUUCCUCAGCAAUCUACAUACCGCUUUCUCUGCCAUAUGGGCUGGUGCUCUCACCCCAGUGAACACCUUGAACACCCAGAAUACCACAAUUCAAAUUCCUGACUGGUCCAACAUUACACUUAUCAAGGAAUACCCUAGCCAAAUCGACUCAUCUGGCCCGUCUGUUCGGAACACUAAAGGAUACUUCACCUACUCGGUUGGCAUGGGCCUCCUAGGAUCUCUUCUUGCGUCAGCCAACUCAGCCUCAACGGUUGAUGGCAGCAUUCGCAACCACAAUAAGCUCGACAAUACACGCUACAACUAUCAUGGCCGGUCAUAUGGAGCAGGUGCAAGCGCCGGUCUCAAUGAUCAGUCUGUUCUCAAUAUCCCUCACGCAGUCAACUAUACGUAUAGUGAGGUGGCUCUCGCAUCCUCUGUCUCCUGCAUCCACAACAGUAGCUCAGAUUUUGCCCUAAAAUCGCAGAGCGCCGACAAUUUCUAUCCCGUCGUGGGAUAUCUUCCAGAUAGUACCAGCCGCGAGUAUUCCACCUACAUAGGCUAUGGCACCAGCGCAAUUGUCGCGAUUGGCGUGGCGGCUCAACCUAUCACAUGGGCAACUCCAACCCGAUAUAUGGCUAUAGCAGCGGGUGAGGCCUAUGAACAUCUUGAUCAAGUCCAGUGCGCUGUGAGCUUUACCCCAACCCGCUUUAAUGUCUCUGUCGACGUGAGCAACCGCAACAUCACUAUCUACAAGAUUUCGCUUUCCGAAUCUGGAAAAGUCUCCAACAUUGACCCUAACGGCAAUAUGACGCACGUGUUAAUGCGUCAAUUGGAGCUCAUUUCCAAUGACCAGACCAGUUUCUACCGCUCGACUGUUGGUGAUGCCUUUAACGCUAGCAUCAGCGACUAUCGGACCUCUAUUACAAACAACGCGACCACAAAUAGAACGAUGACAUAUUCACAGAUUGUUUUAAAAGGCGUCGAAAAUGCGAUAGUAUCUUAUAUCGACGACAUGCUUGUUGCCUAUGCAUCUGCGCAGUUGCAGGUGAGCGGAUUUACAAUUUCCGCGCCGACUGUGGUAUACGUCGAAGCUCUCCGUGUUGGAUCACGGGAUUAUAUCAUUGCAAGUGCAAGCAUUACUGUUGUGAUCAUAAUUCUGGUGGUCACUGAAGCGAUCCGCAUGCAAGGGUGGAGGGCGCUACCAGCCUUUGAUUAUCUGGAUACUCGAAUGCUAGUGGUUGGUGCGUCGAGAGGGGGCCAUGAGAUCGCUGAAUAUGCAGAACGUGAGGGAGAUAAGAAUUUGGGCCGUGUUCCAAUUAUGUGGAGUGGAGAGGCGCUCGAUGAUGUUGGAUUGAUUUCUGUCCGAAUUCCACAGGAAGAAGACAAAAGCGUCGUGCCCAACGAUCAAUCAAAUCUCCAACUUUAG